GCCGCAGACCACUCCACACCUCAAACAUGUACAAGCUGAUCGUCCUCGCCGCCGUGCUGGCCGUCGCCGCCGCCGCCCCCGGCUUCCUGGGAGCGCCUGCUGUCGCCUACACCGCCCCCGCGGUGGCCGCCGCCCCCGUGGCCUACGCUGCCCCCGUGGCCUACGCCGCCCCCGCUGUCGUCAAGGCCGCCGUCGCCGCCCCCGCUGUGGCCUACGCCGCCCCUGCCGUAGCCUACGCCGCCCCCGCCUACCACGCACCAGUAGCCUACGCUGCAGCUCCCGCUGUCGUCAAGACGCACUACUUCUAGAAUACGCACUUCAUAAAAAGCCAACUAUUUAUUUAAGCGGCAUCUCGGUGCUAUAUGCACAAAAAUGAGACAAAUAAAAUGAUAUAUCAUGAGAAAA